AUGGAGGAUUUGAAAAAUGAUCUUGUUGUAAAGAUAGAUGAGGGAGUGUUGAAAUUUCCUCAAAGUCAAAUUUUGAAAAUUUGGAAAUUAUUAUUUCCUGUUGAAGAUUUAAGCACAGAAAGUUUUGAUUUCCAUUAUGUUUCACAAAAAUAUAAAGAACCGAUAUUAACACCUGGUUUUGUUCAAGUUAAUGAUGAAGAUUAUGGGAAUGAUUUUCUUAAUGAUGAUGAAAAUGUUGAAGAUUAUGAUCAAGGGAAAUGUUCUGGUGGUCAGGGAGAUGGAAGUGGUCCACAUGAGGGCAAUAUUGGUAAAAAUCAUGUUGAAGGUAAAGGUGAUUAUGAUGAAGAUGAUGAACAAGGAAGUGGAAGUGGAUGUAAUAAAGAAGAGGACAUGAAUUUAAAUUUUGUUUUCGGAAAUGUUACUAAGAGUGUGGGUCGAAUUGAUAGCCAGGAAGGUGUAUCUUUUAGUCAAUUUAUUUGCGAUCCAGUUGUUGAAAGUUUUCUUAAAACUUUGGAUCAAGGUACUGAUGGUUGUUUAAAUCAGAAACUAGUUGAAGAUGAUGUGAAUUUGAAUUUGACUGGUAGUGAUGAUGGGACAGUAAAUUUAGGUGAGGAUGAUCAUAAGAAUAAAGUAAUUUCAGAUCGUACUGUUUAUAAAAUUAUUGUAGCAAAGAAGGACGGAGAAGGUGAAGAUGUUGAAGAUUGUUCAAAUAAAAAUAAAGAUGGAGAAAAUGUUGAAGAUUGUUCAAAUAAAAACAAGGAUUCAAAUGAGACUCGAUCAUUGAAAAAUGAUCUUGUUCCAAGUUUUAGUCUUGGAUUUAGUCAAGACUCUGAAGGUUCCAAGAAGUCAUCUCAAAGUCAAAUUUCUUUUGAACGGAUGACAAAGAAAAAGAUUAAGGAUAGAGUUAUUUUGGGAAACCCAAGUGCUGGUCCAAAGUGUGUUAUUCCAAAUGUUGAUGUUAUUGAUGCUAGUCCAGUUUCUUGUGCACCCCCUUUGGAAAAUGUUGUUUGUGAAUGGCUUUUCAGUCUUCAAGGAAAUCCAGGUGUUCUUGACUCAUGGUCUCUUAUACUAAAUCAUGAAGAGAAAUUCAGAGAUGUUGUUAAUUCUCCACUCAGAUUGUUCAUGAAUUAUGACACUUCUUUGUUAUUUGAAUAUACUCAUUUGAAUGAAAGUGCAAAAUAUAAAGUUUUCAAGGAGAGCUUUUCUCGCAAUGUUUGUGGUGAUAGAGACUUGAAGGUUUUGAAGAAUGUUGAUAUGGUAUUUUUCCCGGUUUGGAGGCAUGAGCACAUAUAUCUUAUUGUUAUGAAUCUGAAGAAACGUGCUUUUGAGGUUAUUGAUAAUGGUGCAUAUGAUGUUGAUUUCGAUGAUAAGUAUGAUGCAGUUUUUAAACCUCUUGUAAAAUAUGCAGUAGAGGAAUGUUGUUCAUUUAAAGAAGUUUUCUUUUUAACGAACAACAUUUCUCUACAUCAGAUAUGUAGUAAAGAUUUGUUAUGUUCAGUGGAGAUAAUCUUUCUAAGUAAUGGUGGAAGAGUUCUUGGAGUCAACUACAAUCUUUAUGAAAAUCUAGCUAGGAAUAUGAAGAACAAGAAUCUUGGAAAAUGGGAAACGUGA